ACUGCCCAUACUCGAGAUCGUGAUGCUUCGUUGUAUUCAGCAGCACUUCUCUCCAACGAUUAUGCUACGCGUUCAGAAAUCGCUUAUGACUUGACUGGUCCCAUGAGAUCCACCUCUGCUUCCUGCUCCUCUACUGUGCAAAAUAUUUCUCCAACAAUCACAACUUCCUGGUACGGUGCCUUAGGAGCCGACACGCAGUCUGCAAAUACACCCUCGGAAUCUCCUAACUCUAGCAGGCUCGUUUGUCCCGAAAGUAAUAUUUCCAGGAUAGAUGGACCCACGCAGUCAAUACAAUCAGGAUUUAUAUCAGGAAGAAUCAAUCACAGAGCCGAUGUGUUACCAUCGUUCUCUUCUGGUAUAAGAUCUAUAACAUCCAAUCUAGUCAUGAAUACGUCAUCUGAAAUAUCAUCAUCGUUUGAGUACCCACCCCAGCUUCAGCCCCAUCAGCUGAAUAGUCAUUCAAAUGUGUCAGAAAACCAAGGCUCUUUUGAUGGCCCUACCGAUUAUACUGAUCAUCAGCCGGCAAGUUUCUAUCACGAGAUAAUAAUUGAUAUAUAG